GGCGGCGGCGCCGUGGCGCAGUUCAUGGUGAGGUCGAGGGCGGAGAAGGAGGGGAGACUGUGGAUGGCCGACCAGCCGUCGGCAGCACCGCCCGGCGGCGUCUUCUUGCAUGUGCAGUGCUACCGGCGUUGAUGGUUGACUUCCUUGCAACAACCAUUUCAUUUCAUGAUUUUCUAUAUUGAGUUGCUCAUUCUGUCAAUGUACUUCGUCAAUGAAAUACAUGUAGAUAUUGUUCAUUACCAUAGCCAA